ACUUAUGCGUAAGCCUGUCCAAAGAUCGUAUAAAAGGUGUAGGUAAUGCAUCGAUCAGUAUCAGUUCUCAAAAUGAAAGUCUUGAUUGCUCUGGUUGUUUUGAUGUCCCUUGGCCCUCUGGCCUCUGCUAUUUUCAAACAUUUAAGUAAUGAGUGCUCAAAAAAACAUGGGAUCACUCCAUAUCUUAUUGAACAUCAUCCCAAAAGUAAUCAAGUCAAGUGCUUUUAUCAUUGCCAAUUGGAAAAGCUGGAAAUAAUUGCCAAUGGCGUUAUCAACCCUUUCGAUGUGUCCGUACUUAACGUAACUGAGGCAAACUACAACGAGUUUGGCAUAAAGAUUAAGCCGUGCUUGACAAUAUUAAACGCCAAAAAUUGUGAGCUCGGCUAUUUGGUAUUCGAGUGCCUAAAAAGACACUUUGAUGAAUUAAAUUAAUAAAUAAAUUCGGUGUA